CUCUUUGCGUUUGCACUCGUUAAUCCUAUAAUCCGCGGAGCCCUAGCCAGACAUUUAUUGUCCUCAUGUCUUACGCUUCGUUCUCGAUCCGGCUUAGCACCCCGCGAAUGCAGAUCCGAAAUCACGACAUUGCACCCUUGGAUUUCGUACCCCAUCGCUACGCGACAAUGUCAUCGGCCAUGUACCCUCAUUGCAUUGAUCCAAGAGGGCCGAUAAGCUCGCCAUGACGGGAUUGCUGGUUCUUGCCCAAUAGCAAGCUAGCGCAGCAGCAUGAAGCUUGCCAGUAUGGCUCGUAGCGCCUUUCAACCCCAGUUUGGUGGGGAAUCCACAAAAUGGCAUCAUUCUGGACGUCGGCAGAGAAUUGCAAGAUAACCCUUUAAAGGCGCUGGCUGGGUCCUGCUGAGGGCGGCAUGAUGUAUCACGCGUAGAUUGUCUGUAACUGCAGCUCCCGGGACCAUGGCUUCGGAAAAGAAAGACGUUGGGCUUGAGAGACCUGGUGCUUCGACCGCUUCAGACUCUGAUCUUGAGAUCCUUGCAGAGGGCGCUAUCAAUGAGAGGAAGCUGCUGAGAAAGCUCGACUUGAGAUUGCUGCCUGCAGUUUCUAUCCUUUACCUGCUCUCGUUCUUGGAUCGCAGCAAUGUCGCCAACGCGAGGAUUGAGGGUCUCACCACAGACCUCAACAUGACGGGCAAUCAGUACCUCACUGGCCUGACACUCUACUUCAUCGGAUAUGUGCUGUUCGAAGUACCUUGCAAUAUCAUUCUCAAGCGGACUACGCCUAAGUUCUGGCUCCCCACAUUGACUCUUGCAUGGGGAAUCGUUGCCACGUUGAUGGGAGUCACUCAAAAUCUUACUGGCUUCUUUGUAGUGCGCUUCUUCCUAGGUGUUGCGGAGUCUGGACUCUUUCCCGGUGUCGUAUAUUACUUAUCGAUGUGGUACAAGCGCGAUGAACGCCAGUACCGCAUUUCGCUCUUCUUCAGCUGUGCUUCCCUGGCCGGAGCUUUUGGUGGCAUUCUUGCUUGGGGUAUUGCGCACAUGCGGAACGUUGGUGGAUAUGCGGGUUGGCGAUGGAUAUUCAUUUUGGAAGGUCUCCUCACUAUCGUGAUUUCCAUCGUCGCCUAUUGGUUCAUAUCGAACUAUCCGGAGAGUGUCAGCUGGCUAUCAAAAGGUGAGCGUUCGUUCAUCCAGGCCCGCUUGAAGGCCGAUAGCGAUGCCACGAAUGACGAGAAGUUCACCUGGGCUGGCGUAUGGAAUGCGUGUAAAGACGUCAAGAUCUGGCUGUACGGAUUUUGCUUCCACACAAUGAGCUUGCCCUUGUACACGCUCUCGCUAUUCCUGCCUACCAUCAUCAAAGACAUGGGCUACACCUCCGCCCAGUCUCAGCUCCUCACCAUUCCGCCCUAUGCUGCAGCCACCAUCUUCACAGUGGCCUGGGCCGUUCUCGCCGAGAAGUACAAACGCCGAGCUCUCUUCACUCUCAUAACUUCGUCGCUCGCCAUAAUCGGAUACAUAAUCCUCCUGACGAACGAAAACCCGACUAAGAAGCCAGGCGUCUCUUACCUGGGCACCUUCUUUGCCGCCAUGGGCAUCUACCCCUCUGUCGCUCUCGUCCUCUCCUGGCCUGCUGUGAACGUUUCAGGCCAAACGAAACGUGCGACUGCCAACGCAAUGCAGAUUUCCAUCGGCAAUUGUGGCGCUGUGAUUGGGACGCAGCUCUAUCGACCUAAGACAGCGCCUAGAUACGUACUCGGGCACUCUGUUGCUUUAGGUUACCUUGUAGGAAAUCUUAUCGUUGUUAGCGCGCUAUGGUGGGUUCUGUCAAAGGAGAACAAGAGGAAGCAAGAGCAUCUCGUUGCGUACCCUGAGACGGGCGACUUUCAUGACAGCGAGGAGGACCUCAAGCUCGGUGAUACGCAUCCACGAUGGCAUUUCAACACCUAGAAUCGAACGGUAAUUGUACGCUUAUCCUUCUCACUCAUCAACAACACUUCUACUACUUCUCUCCUUGACCUUCCGCUAUAUAUCAUCCAAAUAGAACUUCCUCGGCCAAAUAUUCAAACCAAUCUUCUCCCCUUCCCCCACGGGCAAGCCCGCAUGCACCAACCUACGAUCCCCCCUCCCAUCCUCC